AUGUGACCAAAACAGAAUCAUGGCGGCCUCCGCUGCUGUCCGGUCGAGCAUGGGGCUGACUUUCAGACUUUCUCGAGUUAUACCGGACUGUAGCACAUGUCCUCUCAACAGGCUAAAGAGCUGUGUGAGCAGCGUGGCUAAUGUGCAGAGGAGGGGGUCCUUUGAUAGCUUCCGGACGAUAAAUCGACACUUGCAGACAAGUAUAGGUCUUUACCAAAGUGAGGAGGGGAGCUCCAAUGCAGAGGACCCAGAGGAUGUGGUGAAUGUGGUGUAUAUAGAUCGGUCUGGCCAGAGGAUCCCAAUUAAGGCCAAAGUGGGAGAUAAUGUCCUCUACCUGGCUCACAAGCAUGGAAUUGACCUGGAAGGAGCCUGUGAAGCAUCACUGGCUUGCUCAACAUGUCAGGUGUACGUGAGUGACGCCCAUUUCGACAAACUACCAGAACCUGAGGAGAGGGAGGACGACAUGCUGGACAUGGCACCCAUGCUUCAGGAGAAUUCCCGACUGGGAUGCCAGAUCGUUCUCACUCCAGAGCUUGACGGCAUUGAGUUAACCUUGCCCAAAGUCACUAGGAACUUCUACGUGGAUGGGCAUGUGCCCAAACCUCAUUGAGAAGAGGUGCAGAUUAUGAAGAGGGGGAUUGGAGGAGAAUGAGAGGGUGUCUCUGCACUGCUCCUUGAUUGAGAGGGGGGGGCAAUGAUGAAGAGAUGCACGGCUAGGAUAGCAAAGUCCGUAGCAACUCCAAGAUGUCUUGCCGACUGACAAAUUCCACAGUUAACCAAUGACAAGACAGGCCUGCAGAUGAAAUCAGGCAGUCAGACACUAUACAAAUUUCACUGGAGGUGAAAUGAAUGGUUACUUCAAAAAAAACAACUGAACUGACAAUGUAUUUAUUUGUGUGGAACAUUCUCAGGCCAGCAUUACGACACCAUUCAAUCUCACAAACUGUUCUUUGUUAAAACACCAGACAAUUUGUUUGUUUUAUACAUUGCAGAGCAAAUUUUUAACAAAGUUCAUCUUUGUGCAGUUUAAUGGAACAUUCCUUGUUACAGCUCAUAUACGCACAAGUAUCACAAGUUGAGUCAUUUUUGCCAGUCUAUCAUUGCCACCCUGAUUCACUUGUCAGAUAGGGCAUGCAUAACAUUUCCUUUCAUUUUUAUUUACCAAGUUCAUUUGUAGGUGUUGUGCUGGCUUAUCAGUAAGUACUUACCCACUGUCUGUGGUUAGACUGAAGUCACAAACCUAAUAGUGUUCCUCUGCAUGGAACUGAAGCCAGAAACAGAAAAAGAAGAAGAAGCCAUAUAAUGAAGUGUUUUUGAAAGAGAAAAUUUGCCUGAAGCUUAAAGGAUGGGCUUCUAAAUAUAAUAGAUAAUAGUAACUCAGUUUCACAAGUCUAAACUAUUGCAUUGUAUUCAGUAUAAACAUUUCAAAACAUUCAGGUGAGUUGUGUUUCAAGCCUCAGAUGGAAAAUGCAAGGUUUGAUUAGUUGAUCUGGUUCAGGUGCUUAGCAUGAUGGAGGUAGAGAGCAGAGUCAGGCUUCAUGUUACCAUGGAAGGAGUUCACCACAUCUAUCCUUUACUUGUCAAGUCUAGCUACUGUACUUUUUCAAUUUACGCACAAAUGUAAAAAAAAAAAAAGUGAAUUAUGUAUGUCUUAGAAACUACAAAUAUUUAAAGUUGUGCAAUAAAACAGGUUUUAAAAAGUCA